GGCGCGCGGGCCCCGGAGCCAGGAGCGGGUGCGCGGGGUGCCCCGAGUCACCGACGGGCGCCGCACCCCAGCCGCGCGCGGACACUCGCGGGGCGCCGAGCCCUCAGGGGCUGGUGGAUCCUGCUUCUGUGCCACCGUCACCUCAGCUUGUGUCUGGGCGCGACACUCGCGCCCUCCCCUCAUCCCACAGCUUGGAUAGAGCGACAGAGUGACCCAGCCUGACCAAUGUCCACAGCCAGGGAGCAGCCCAUCUUCAGCACCCGGGCUCACGUGUUCCAGAUCGACCCGGCCACAAAGCGGAACUGGGUCCCGGCGUGCAAGCACCCGCUCACCGUCUCCUACUUCUAUGAUGGGGCGCGAGGCGUGUACCGCAUCAUUAGCCUUGGGGGUGCCAAGGCCAUCAUCAACAGCACCAUCACCCCCAACAUGACCUUCACCAAGACCUCGCAGAAGUUUGGGCAGUGGGCGGACAGCCGGGCCAAUACGGUCUACGGGCUGGGCUUCGCGUCCGAACAGCACCUGACGCAGUUUGCUGAGAAAUUCCAGGAGGUGAAGGAGGCGGCCAAACUGGUGAGGGACAAAUCUCAGGAUGGGGGUGAACUCUCAAGCCCCGCCCUGGGGCUCCCAGCCCAUCAGGUGCCCCCCAGCCCCCUAGUCAGUGCCAACGGCCCCGGCGAUGAGAAGCUGUUCCGCAGCCAGAGUGCGGACGCCCCAGGACCCGCGGAGCGUGAGCGGCUCAAGAAGAUGCUGUCGGAGGGCUCCGUGGGCGAGGUGCAGUGGGAGGCUGAGUUCUUCGCGCUCCAGGACAGCAACAAUAAGCUGGCAGGCGCCCUGCGGGAGGCCAACGCGGCCGCGGCCCAGUGGAGGCAGCAGCUGGAGGCCCAGCGCGCCGAGGCGGAGCGGCUGCGGCAGCGGGUGGCCGAUCUGGAGGCCCAGGCGGCCGCGGAGCCACCUCCCCCGGCGAACGAGGAGGGUCCGAGCGCGGCGCGGGAGCAGCUGGAGGCGCUGGUGCAGACCAAGGACCAGGAGAUCCAGACACUGAAGAGCCAGACCGGGGCCUCUCGGGAGACCCCAGAUGCGGCCGAGCGGGAGGAGACGCAGCAGAAAGUGCAGGACCUGCAGACCCGCAACGUGGAGCUGGAGCACCAGCUGCGGGCCACGGAGCGGAGCCUGGAGGAGGCGCGGGCCGAGCGCGAGCGGGCACGCGCCGAGGUGGGCCGGGCGGCCCAGUUGCUGGACGUGAGGCUGUUCGAGCUCAGCGAGCUGCGGGAGGGCCUGGCCCGCCUGGCCGAGGGCGCCCCCUGACCGACCGCAGGCGCGAGCCGCCUCUCUCUGCACCGCACCGCAUCGCACCGAGGCCGCUGGCGGCACUGGGGCUCGGGGCUAGCUUUUAGGACGUGGGAUUCUGGAACCCGGGGCCAUGCAGGUGCCCAGAUUACAUUUCUAAGCGCG